CUGCUACAUCUUCACACUUAGAGGGUCGUGUAUUCACAAGAGAUGUCCAUUUGAUGCUUUCAUGAACACUUGGGGCUCGUUUUUAUUUAUUUAUUUAUUUUCAUUCAGGCCUGCGGGGUUUUUAGGCAGCGGCGCAGUUUCAAAUGGGGGAGGUGAGGAAGCUCCAGAAGAAACUGAGACAGAUUGAAAAUCUGGAAAUAAAAAUCAGUCUCACCCCAGAGGAGAGAUUCAAGAUCUCCAGAAAGGCGGAGCUGCGCUCCAGAUUGGCUGAGCUUCAGCUGCAGCUUUCUGGCCCGCAGCAAACUCUUGGGAUCGCGGGAGACGGAAAUAAGGAGAAGAUGAAAAGACAAGUGGACGAUGCCCCCGAGGCCCUUCCAUCACAAACGCCUCCAGCUUCCAAGAUCCUUAAGGGAGAGACGGACUCCAGGGCUCAAGCAUCACAAGCACUGGCUGCCAGGCAGAGGGAGGCAGGAGGGGAUGCAGCAGAACUGGGCAGACUGCAGGAUGGGACAGAGCGGGCCAAGGUGUCACAUCAGAGUGGAGAUGAGUCAGGAGGCUGUCCAGACUUUGACACAGAACAGCUACUGCGACAGGAAGAAGCUGAGUUUACAUCCCUCAAAGCAUCUUGGGAGAAGGCGAGGUUUCGCCUGAGGCUGUUGGAGGGUCACAAUGACAUAAUCACCAGUGUGGUUGCUGUUGACAACCUGGUUGUUUCUGGAAGUCGAGAUACAACAGUGAAGGUGUGGCACGUUCCCACGGCAACAGAGCACAAGAACCUGGGGGGUCACACCGGCGGAGUCACCUGUCUGUCUGCGCCUCCUCUCGAGUAUUGCAAGAGGCUGGCCUGGUCCCUGUGUUUGUCCGAUAAAGAGCGGUUCAUUUUGAGCGGCUCUGCAGACUGCUAUGUGAAGAUCUGGGCCCUGAGCAUCGGGCAGUGUGUUAAGUCUGUCUACACGUUCAACGCCGUGACUGCGCUCUGCUUUGUGCCCGAGGGGGACGGCUACAUCAUCACGGGAUCAGACGGAGGGAAAGUUCAAGCCUGGAGCUGGCUCACUUUCCAAAGCUGCCAGUCAGUCAACGCUCACCAGGAAGCAGUCACCUCCAUCCAGUCUCAGGGUCCGCUGGUGUUCAGCGGCUCGGCUGAGGGAGAGGUGUCUGUGUGGGAGAACCAGUGUUCGGCUCGAGACCCACUAAAGCUGCUGCACCACUGGAGCAGCCAGGUGACAGGCUUAGGUGAGGGGCGUCUGAGUCUCAGCCCACGGGGGGACAGAGUGUUCCUGGCUUACGGUCGAGCUUGGCUCAAGAUCCUUCAUUGGAGGACUGGAGUGAUAUCCAGGUUGACCAAUCACAGCAGCAUCACCGGGGUAACAGAUUGUGUUCACCAGACGGGGGGCCUCCUAAUUGGCUCCAGCUACGACCUGGCAAAUGGAGAGAGCACGCUUAAUUUGUUCUCUCUGCCUCGGUGUCGGUAUCUGGCCUCUCUGACCUGGCCAAAUGCUCCCAGGAUCCUAUGCUUUGCAGCGUGGACCACCGGGAGCGGAGACCACCGUUGGGUCACCGGAGGUCGAGACCUCAUCGUUUGGGAGCAGCUCCCCAGUUCUGGGAAGCAGAGGUGAAAAUAAUACCUGUCGGC